AUGGACGUGGAGCCGCUCCACAUGAGGGAGGCCAUGCACUCAGCCGUGUCUGCGCCUCCUCCGCUCCUGUCCACGCCUCCGCGUCAGGCUCCGUCAGGGCCUCCUCCUCCUCCUGUGGUGUCCGUGCAUCACAUGAGCGCCACGGAUCCCCCGCCCUCCUCCUCGUCCACCUCCACGUCUGCACAUCCUCAGGUUGGGCCGAAGAGUCCUCACGGGAGCCCCGUGUCUGCUCCUGCGCCCAUGCUCUCCUCUCCGCCACUGAUGGUCCAGGGCUUGAGGCCCAUGUCUGGUGGCAUGUCGCCUUCCUCCAUGGGAGCGGGACCACCGGAGCUGAUGCCGGGUCCUCCCCCUCUGAUGACCCACGUCUCGAGGUCGGCUCCGGUUCCGGUUCCUGCGCCUCCUCCUGCAGUGAGUUCGCCCUCCACGGUCCAGUCCGCGACCCACCCGUCUGCUCCAGCCACGUCGGCACCUCCUCUAUGGACGAGUGCGCCUCCUGUGUCGGCUUCGCCGCACUCUCAGGUGGCCUACGUACCUCCUCAGAUGGUCCAAGGCCCCAAACUUCAGGAGGCAAAGCCUCACUCCCCUGUGUCUUCUCCCUCAAAGGUGGCUCAAAGCCCCAUGCCAGGAGAGCUUUCGAAGCCUCUCUCUCCGGCGUCUGCGCCUCCUGCGAUGGCUCCUGCUCUUCCCUCGGGGGCAUCUGCGACCUCUUGGUCUCCCCAAGAGGCCCCUGCGUCAUCACCGUUGUCCGCAUCACCUCAGAAGGCCGGCAUCCCUUCACCCCAGAUGUCGUCGUCGUUGUUGUCAUCGUCGUCUCAGGCGGCCAAGUCUCUUCCUGAUGCGCUCGUUUCUGGGCACGCUCCUGCUGCCGUCACAGCACCUUCCCCCACAGCUCCCGUCUCCACGGCACCUCCUCCUCCUCCUCCUCCUCUGGCGGCUGCUGCUUCCCACCGUGCCGCCUCCGUGCCUCCCACCGCGGCCUCCUCUCCCCCCGUGGUGAGCGCCACCCCUCAGGCCGCCUCUGUGUCUCUUCCUGCUCCCGGUGCGCCUCCCCCUGGAGCCGCUGCACCUCCCAAGACGGUCUCGGCGUUCCCCGCCGUGUCCACACCGACUCAGGCCGCCACCGCUCCUCCGGGCGGCUCCAUGCCGCCACCUCCACCACCUCCUCAGCCUGUCUCCGGACUGCCUGCUGUCCCCACGCUCUCUCAGACAGGGUCCGCUCCGAGUGUCUCGGUGCCGCCUCCGGCCUCCAAGGCCACUUCUUCCUCCCCUCCUCAGUCCGCUGGGCAAGCCUCACAAGGGUUGGCCCAGCAGGACGCCAGCAACGCUGGCAAGAACUCCUCUUGCCAAGCUGCCAGCGAAAAGGAGGUGAGCGCUCCUCUGCUCGAUGAGGACGUCGCUGUCAGCAGCUUUUCAAAGUCGGACUCCACCCCGACUCCACACUCCAAGUCUCAUGAAGGCCUCAGCGAUGUCGGUACUGAGAUGUCGGCCCACAAGGUUGAUAGCCCGGCCAAGAACAUUCCCCCCGAGGCAGGGAUGGCCCCUGCAACGGCAAAAGACCAUGACACCCCAAGAAAGUUUGCUUCACUUGAUGACACUUUUGACACUGAUUCUCUGGACUACACCUCCGUGGCUGAGUCAACGCGCCUCGAAAGCUCUCAGGCUGAGGACACCAGUGUCAUGGAGGACACUUUCGAUGACUCAAUGGCUGACACCUCAUGCACAGGCGAACCCUCCAUGUUUACAGAGGACUCGGCCACAGAGGACUCCAGACACGUGCCGGCUGACGACACCCAGGAGGAUUGCGACUCGUCUCAGGUUGACGAGACCAUGGACAGCUGUCUGAGCAACAGGGAGUCUGGCACAGAGGAGGACCGCUCUUGCCUGAAGGACUCAGUGAGUGAUGACUCACAGAAUGAUACCUCACUCAUGUCUGUGGACAACCACAACCUCUCGGGACUGCCCGGUAAAGCCCCUGAGGAGUGCAGCGAGAGUCAGGAGAAGGCUGUGGAGGCGAGCGGCGAUGGGCGUGACGCUCCAGACGGCCUUGGCGCCUCUGCUGCUGCUGCGCUCAUGCCUGGCACAGCUGGCACCCCAGUGAGUGCUGAUGAGGGCUGGCAGGAGACGGUAGUGGUGGUGGCAGAGGCAGACCCCAGCCCUGCGGAACUAGCAGCCAAACCGCUGCCCCUGUCCACCUCGGCCGUCACCGUGGCAACAACAACACCCCCUCCACAGAAGCCUGCUGCCAAGAGAGGCAAAGCCGCUGCGAAGCAGGCGUCCCAGGCCUCUCAGAAGAAGACCCCUGCAAAGGCCCCCAAAGAGGAGAAGGAGAAACGGAAGAGGAAGAAGAAUGAGGACAAAGAACCUGCCGGAACAAGGAAGAAACGCAAGCUCUCCAAAGACUAUGCAUCUGGCUCCGCCACUACAGAGGUGACCCCACUCCUAAGCUCCCCAGACGCUGGUAAAGCAGCUGCUGACCAGAGCCCGGCGGCCGAUCAGGCCACUCCUGUCAAGCCCAAGAAGCCCAGGAAGCCCAGGAAGCCCAAGCAACCUGGACCUGCUGCUGGCACCGCCACGGCAACCACCUCUCCAACCAAGACUGAUGGAGAGCCCAGCGUGGAGAGCGGUCAGACUCCGCCUGCCAAGCCCAAGAAGAUCCGGAAGCCCAGGAAGCCCCGGGAGCCGAAGGCCACGGACGGAGCUGCAAAACCGCCCAAAGCAGCCAAGGCCAAGCCAACGGACACGCCCAAAGCUGAACAGGACCACAAAGAUGAUGGGGAGGGCUCCACAACAGGAGACACUCCAAAGAGGAGGAUUGCCACAGAGGAGCAGGUCCACUUUCCUCUGCUGCACGGGUGGAAGAGGGAGGUCCGUGUCAAGAAGCUUGAGGACCGGCUGAAGGGAGAGACCUGGUACUACAGUCCCUGUGGGAGGAGAAUGAAACAGUUCCCUGAAAUCAUCAAGUACCUGCGAAGACAUGAGUGUGGGGUUGUGACCAGAGAGCACUUCAGCUUCAGCCCACGCAUGCCUGUGGGAGACUUCUACGAGGAGCGUGAUUCACCUGAGGGGUUGAAGUGGUUCCUACUGGCCAAUGAAGAAGUGCCCUCCAUGAUCAUGGCCAUCACUGGCAGGCGUGGCCGUCCACCCAACCCAGACAAGGAGAAGCCGCGCGCCCGGGUCAGAAGGGCGAAAGGCACCCCGGGGCGCCGGCCCGGCCGACCACCCAAGACUAACGCGGUGGACCUGCUGAGCAAAGUGGACGCCAGGAUGCUGAAGAGACUGCAGGCGAAAGAAGUACUUACUGAUGAGGACAAGGAGAAACUGGUCAAGAUCAAGAAAAAAAUGAAGAGAAAGGCAAGACUCAAGCGCAAGGAAGAUGCUAAGAACAAGAUUUUCAGACAGCUGGUCAAAAAAGCUAAGCUUGAGAAAGCCAAGGAGGCAAAGGACCAGCCCCAAGACGAGGAGAAACCAGCCCAGCCCGGGCAACCUCAGUCCCAGCAGCCCUCUGACCAGCAGACCCCCCCGCCCGCCACUGAACCCAAGAAGCCCGGGCGCAAGAGGCGCGUGCAGACACCCGAGGAGCUGGAGAAGGCCGGGCAGGUGAAGAGGGUGGCGAGCGCUCGGAGUCAGGCCAAGGCCCUGGCCAAAGCCCAGGCGGAGGCUCAGGCCCAGGCCCAGGCGGCGCUGGCGGCCAAGCGGCAGGCGGAGCGGCGGGCACAGGCCCAGAGGAGGCUGGAGGAGAGGAAGAGGCAGCAGCAGAUCCUGGAGGAGCUGAAGAAGCCCACUGAGGACAUGUGCAUCAUGGACCACCAGCCUUUCCCCGAGCUGCCCGACAUCCCUGGGGUGGUGCUGUCGGGCCGGGCCUUCUCCCACUGCCUGACGGUGGUGGAGUUCCUGCACAGCUAUGGGAAGGUGCUGGGCCUGCAGGUCCCCAAGGACGUGCCCAGCCUCAGCACCCUACAGGAGGGCCUACUGGGCGUGGGGGAUAGCCAGGGCGAGGUCAUGGACCUGCUCAUCAAGCUGGUGGAAGCCGCGCUGCAUGACCCAGGCCUGCCGUCCUAUUAUCAGUCUGUGAAGAUCCUGGGGGAGAAGCUGGUGGAUCUGGAGCUGAGCUACAGCACUGUGUCGGAGUGUCUGCGGAUCUUUCUGGAAUCCCAUGGCUUCGAGCUCGACGUCUGCAACAGCCUCCGCACCAAGACAUUCCAGGCUCUCAAACCAGACGUUAAGGCCGCCAUCCUGGCCUUCAUGGUGGAGGAGCUGAACGCCAGCAACACCGUUACGAGGGACAUUGACAACACACUGGAGAAUAUGACUACCUACAGGAAAAACAAAUGGAUCAUUGAGGGUAAACUACGCAAAUUGAAGGCUGCUCUGGUGCGUCGGACAGGUCGCUCUGAGGAGGAGCUGUGCAUAGAGGACCGCAGGAGGAGUACGCGGGCGGGAACGGCCGAAGAGGAGAGCCUGGAGGAGACCACCCUGCUGGAGAGGAGCACCCGGCACGGACGUGGAGGAGUGCGAGAGGAGCCCAAACUCGCUGAGGCUGAAAGCCCAACCAACGCCAGCAUUCCAGAACUGGAGAGACAGAUAGAUAAGCUAACCAAGCGCCAAGUGUUUUUCCGUAAGAAGCUGCAGCAGGCGUCUCACUCGCUGCGUGCAGUGUCCCUGGGCCAGGACCGCUACCGCCGCCGGUACUGGCUGAUGCCUCACAUGGGGUCCAUCCUGGUAGAAGGACCAGAGGAGAUCUUGGACUCAUGCAGUGAUAUUCUAGUCACAGAUGAGCCCAUGGUCUAUGUGAAGAAGGAGGUGAAGGUGGAGGUCAAAUCUGAGGAGCCUCUCUCUCCUGUCACCCCCAUUGCUCCUGCUGCCACUGCGGUCACGCCACGUUCCUGCUCCCCCCGUGCCUCCGGCAGCGGCAGUGGGGUCUCCCCGACGGAGGUGGACCCCCUCCCUGGUGAGGCGUCCCUGAUGAGCAGCAGCAGUCCCCGGGGCCGAGGGCGCCCGCGCAAGAUCAAGCCCGAGGUGGAGCUCCACCUGCGCACCGCCAAGUGCCGCCGGCGACGCCGCAGCAGCAAGUCGGUCGGCGAGGAGUCCUUGGCCGACACGGCCAAGGCAGGCAUCCAGACCGACCUCACCCAGGCCGCGGUCACCGCAUGGCUCAGCCAGACCCAGGUUGCUGGCGCCCAGGACCCAUCCACCGCUGCAGCAGUCCUGGCAGCAGUCGCGGCAGGAGGCAGGGUCCCGGACGACGGCGGCCUGUCAAAAGAAGCCGUGAAGGAGCUGACGGAGAAGCAGGCCCAGUGGUUCCCACUGCUGCCCAAGACGCCCAGCGAUGCCACAGCACUGUCCGAACCCUGUCUGCCCUCUCCCAACGCCACCUCGCCCACCUCUCUGAUGAAGGACGCUCCCCCCAGCACCCCCUCUCUGCAGGCUGCCCCCACCCCCCUCACACAGACUCCGUUACAGAGUCCCGUGCAGCCUGGAGCCCUGACUUCUGAUUUGCCCACGCUUCUCCCGCUGUUGCCCGGCUCAGCCCCCGUUCCUCCAGCAUGCUCCACACCGGUGCAGAAGCCGACCAGGCGGAGGAGGAGAGGCAGCAGCCCAGCGCGCAGGCCAUACUCCCGCCCCGGCACAGGCAAGCGUCGUGGCAGGCCCCCCUCCACGCUCUUCAGUGAGAUCGAGCAGAAGUACCUCACCCAGCUGGUGGCCAAGCCAAUUCCUAAAGAAAUGGCUCAAGGCUGGUGGUGGGUGAAGGCACCAGAGGAGCUUGCUGCGGUCCUUCAGGCUCUACAUCCUCGUGGUGUCCGGGAGAAGGUGCUGCACAAGCACCUGACCAAACACCUGGAGUUUCUGUCCGAGGUGUGCUCGAGACCCAGCAGUGACCCUGUGUUCAAGCAUGCACAGGAAGAGGGCAGUUCAGUGCUGGAGGUUCUGAGUCAGCCCUGGCCUGAAGUGCCUAAAGCCCUGCAGACUGACAUCAGCGCCCUCCAGUGGGUGGAGGACCUGGAGCAGCGUGUGGCGGCAGCAGAUCUCCACCUGAAGAUGGCUCCCCAGAGUGGAAAGAGCGACACAGAGCCUAGCACGGAGGAGCCUGUGGCAGGAUUUCAGGCGUACACAGUCCCAGAGGCAGACUCCACCCGCAAAGAUCUGGAGUUCUACGACCAUGAGGUUGACCCGCGGGACGACUGGAUCGUUAGGACGAAGCGCGAGUGGUCCGACCUCCUGCGCGUGCCCAACAACCCACUGGAUCUGGCCGUCUUGAGGCUGGCCAACCUGGAACGCAACAUUGAGCGCCGCUACCUGAAGGAGCCGCUGUGGAACCUGACCGAGGUGGUGAAGCUGGCCCCUCUCACUCCACCUCCAGGGGAGGAUGUCCCUAUGGACGUGGGCAGUUUGGAGAUGGAGAUCACCCCAAGGCUGAGGACGUGGCGACAGGGCCUUGAUCGUUGCCGAAGUGCUGCCCAGCUCUCGCUGUGCAUUAUUCAGCUGGAGAGGGCCAUUGCCUGGGAGAAAUCAGUUGUCAAAGUGACCUGUCAGGUGUGUCGUAAAGGGGACAAUGAUGAGUACCUGCUGCUUUGUGACGGCUGUGACCGUGGCUGUCACAUGUUCUGCCUCAGACCCAAGGUGACAGAAGUGCCCGAGGGAGACUGGUACUGUCCCAUCUGCGUUGCCAAGAUGGACGACGGUGAGAUGCGGCCUCAGCGCUCGGCAAGGCAGCGGGCCCGCAGGCGUAAGCGUCGUCUGGGCGCCUACAUAGGCGACAGCUCCGAGGAGGAGGAAAGCCCCCGACGGUUGGCCGGCAUGAGCACGCGGCAGAAGGACGGACCCUCGUCGUCCGCCAGCAGCACGAACGGCAACUCCGGCAUCUCGCCCAGCAAGCGCCGGCGCAUGACCACACGCAACCAGCCUGACCUCACCUACUGCGAGAUUAUUUUGAUGGAGAUGGAGGCACAUGCGGACGCCUGGCCCUUCCUGGAGCCAGUGAACCCGCGACUGGUGCCCGGAUACCGCCGCAUCAUCAAGAACCCCAUGGACUUCCUGACCAUGAGGGAGAGACUGCUGCAGGGAGGGUACUGCAGUGUGGAGGAGUUUGCUGCUGAUGCCCAGUUGGUGUUCAACAACUGUGAGCUCUUCAACGAGGACACUUCAGAAGUCGGCAAAGCCGGACACUCCAUGAGACGCUUCUUCGAGAACCGCUGGGCAGAGUUCUACCAGACCAGGGACAAGGACAAAUGAGAUCCCAGGAUUGGCUGUAUCCUGGGCAGGGCCUUGUUUUGCCCCUCCCCCAUGUCAAUGUCGCCUACAUUUCCCAUACCUCCCCAAGACUGCUACUGGAGCUUCCUCCCAGACCCUUGUAUACAUAAAUGUACAGAUAUAUCUAGAGUUUGUUCAUUAUUAUUCUUCCGUUUAUCCUGUUCUUCUGUCUUUUUUUUGUUUCGUUUCCCUCCUCUAUCAUCGUUGUUCUCAAGCAUGGGACAUUUUCAGGCCGGCAAAACAAAGCCUAAACAGGAAGAGAUCCACCAUGAGAGGAACUUCCAUUUUAUUUUCAAUUUUUUAAUUUUAUUCACCCGUUCACCACACGUUCCUCUCAUGACGACACACACAGGCACUCACUCACACACCAACUUGCUCGCAAGGUCUGAUCUGGAACCAGAGGACUGUUUCGGUUCUGGCCUCUCCUGCCAGCUCUGCGUUUUCCGUUACGGUUGGAUCGUCUCUCUGACACAACCCUGUGGACAGGACCUUCGGGUUUCUUGCCCACCCCUGGACCAGCGAGUGGACGAGAAACUGGCCUCUUUCUACACAGCGUCUCACCUGACAGAGUGCCUCCCACGUCCUGUCACAUAAAAUGGUGACUGUCUCCACGACUAGAGGCUGUUUUACCCCCCUCCCCCCUUCUCAGUAUAUUUUUUAUUAUUAUAUAUUCUAUAUACAUAUAAAGAUUAAAAAUAGCUGGGAUUAUUUAAUAGCAAUAGCUCGUAGUGACUCUGUACAGACCACACCGUAGAGAUGUAUAGGUGAUUUCAUGAAAUGGCCAGUAAAAGUGAUUUUUAAAAGGAACAUUUAUCCUUUAAAACUAUAUAUCCUCGAUCAUGCACACCUGCAAUGCACCCCACCCCUUUCCUCACCCUCUCCUCCAUUCCUCCUACCCUUGCUUCGUGUAGAGUGCUGUUUUAUCAUCUACUGGAGGUGUUAACCUAUUUCUGUUCUCUCCCCCACUAAGCUUUUCUCCCUCCUUUUAACUGAUAGCCGCCUUCCAACUCUUUUAGCUAAUCAUAGUCUUUGUGGCAAUGGCAAUCACGUCAGAAGAAAGUGUGUGACCACAUGUUAGAGGAUCUUGAUAAGCAGCACUGAAGCGAUAAUAAUGGUUGUGAUUUUUACCUCCCCCUUUGCUCGCACUGCUAGCUUGUGUAGCAGCUACCCUGACCCGCCAACCCAUCCUUCUCCUCGUCCCAACCCUCUGUCCCAAGCUUUUGCCAGUUUGUUCAGUAGUCUGUCAAAAAGAGAAAUAGACUGAUUCAAUAUUGGUUAAAAAAAAGAAAGGUUAUGUAUAUACAUUUGGAAUACAGAAAGUUUAAUUAUGUGUCAGCGAUAUUUGUCCUUCAUUGGAAGUGUUUGGUUUUAAUUAUGACAGUCGCAGCGGUCCUGCUGCUUAGUUCUCAGUACGUACGUUCAGAACUGUUUUAAAGUGUGCUCUCUUUCGCUCUCACACCUUAACUCUCCAGGGCCGUCACAGACGGAAACAGCCUCAAAAUAAAGCCUCAUGAGUUGUACAGCUCUGGUGGAAAUUGGCUUUGAAUGUUAAACGUAUCCAGACCGCACUUGUUCAGAUGCAUUCACUGGGAACAAUUAAAUAAUUCUACAUUUCUUCCAUUGUGCUCCGACUACACUGCGUCUGGCCGAUUGGAUCUGGGCUACCCAGUUACCAGUCUGUGGCUAAGGCCACAAAACCUCACACAAGUUCUGACGUUGCAUAGACCACUUGAUGUAAAACGGGACAUGAAUUGGCCAAAGGCUAUAUUGAUAACUAACACAGCUUGGCUGAUAGGACUUUAACUGUUUAAAACGCAUAGCUACUGGUAAAUGUGAUGUUAUGAGAGAGUGCACAGCUGUUUUCUUUCUGGUUUUGCUUUUGUGUUCUUAACUCUGGUAACACCCGACACCCUGGCACUGAAGUCACUGAAUUUCCUGUGGGAUCAUGACAAGCAGGACUCCAAAUAACACAACUGGCUUUUAUUUAAAUGUAGUUUCUUACACUGAACUCCACCUUAUCAAUAGGAAAGUGCAUAUAUGCCGUAUGUGUUCCUUGCAACCUGAAAGGGACAUUGUUUUUUUUUCUACAAAAAUGAAAAAGCUAAUAAAAAAACAACCAAAAUGUGGUGUUUAGUGAAUUUUUAAUAAUGUACAGUUUUUGUGACUUUAAAUUUGUUCCUUUCUAUAUUUUUAGGACCAAUAUAUCGUUUUUAAGAGGAGGCAUUAAAUGAUCAUGUUGUUUCGAGGUGAUGUAACAUGUGCAUCUGUAGAAUGUACUGUAAGCUGAAUUAAAACCACAUCUAGUAGAGACAA